AUGCUCGGUAUAUGCGGCGGAAACUCAGACAAUGGCGAAGACACCACCACACGUCACGGUGCCGAGGCCCGCGACCGCCAGAGGCUCUCACCGGCUCUGCAAAUACCCAAGAACAGGAGCACCGGAAAUCUUGGGACCGUAGGCGACAAUUCUGAAAAGGCUCGCAUCCGCUUCUCGUUCGAUGCCGGCGCUUCGGCAGCCGAGUACGACGCCAUGUCAAGGUUCAGUCCCGCACUGAUUCAUGGCUGGUUACUGACCGAAGUCGUGUGGCGUAGGAGCUCUCUCGUCACCGACCAUGACCACGGCUUGGGCAUGUCCGGGCUCAGACGGAUCCGCCAACAACCUAAUGCCAUGAGGACGCCUACUAUGCCGUCAUUAUCGAGCAGGAACCCGUCACUUAGCGACUUGUCCCGGUCAACAUCGGCCAGCAUGUUUCUAGACCAUUCGGCUCCACUAUCGCCCUACCCGACAUCUCCCACCUUUACUGAAGACCUCUCGCGCUUUCCGUCCGAAUCACUCCAUUCGUUCUCGUUCGCACACCAAUCUGAAGACUUGAUACACAACCGUCAGAACGUCUUGAAGCGAUCUAUGGAAUUUAUGAAGGACAGGAUGGCAUGGUCGGCCUCGUCAAACGCCGGGAUAGCGAGCGCUCAAGCACGGGUGACGGGGGACGUGGAAACUCAAAAUAUGCUGGAUCUUUUGGCGAAGGCACAUCUGGUCGGCGCCGGGAAUCUCCCCAACGGAGACCCCAGUAUUCUUACCGGGCCAUUAACCGGGCCAGCAACGACAUCAAAUGCAAACGUGUUUGACAGAGGCUUUGCCCCGAGGACCUCGAGCCCCGAGCCCAUCGAUAGGACCCCUCUCACGUCUCCGACCGCCGCGACACCCCCGCCCAUGAUUAGCGGAGUGGCGGUUUCUCGACAGGACGCCUCGGCUCCCGCUCUGGACUCGCCGCCGCACCCCCCGUCCGGCGAGAAUACGGGGUCAGAGGGCUCAUCGAGGACGCCAACGAACGAGAGCGGCGCGAGUGGUACCACGGCCAAGACAUCACCACCGCCGUCGAGACGCCCUAGCAUUCUAAAGCGUACCAUGACCGACACAGACACAGUGCAGGUAUCGGUGCAACAGAAGCUCAUGGACGUCAUGGCGCAGCCGUUCCACGCCACCGAGCCGCAAUCGCAGCCGCAACACCGGCCAUCACAGCCCUUUGGCCCUGCGGUACACCCGCCGACCGGCGCAAGCCCUGCCGUGCACAAUCACCCGACAAGGUGGGUACCUGCCGCCCAGGCAAUCUUUACGACCGAAUCGAAACCGCCAUGGACUAUCCUUUCAGCCAACGACCUUGCUUGCUUGUUGUUUGGCGUCACCGCCGCCGAGGUUAGGAAAAUGGGCAUAUUGGAGGUAGUCCAAGAAGAGAGGAGGGCAUGGCUGGUUGGGAAGUUGCAGAAGAAUAACCACGAGGAUAUCGGAGAUGUCUCCGAGAGCGAGAUAGCUCAGCCGGUGCCCGCCGUACAAACGUCCAGCCUCUUUGGCGCACGCGCCGGUGGGAUCACGGCGAAGCUUCUCAGCAAACCGAAUUCGAGAUCGCAGACACCCAAGGCUGCGAGACGACCAGCCACUAUCCACAGCGGUGAUCCGAAGCCCCCCAAACCGGGGCAAGCUCACCGCCAGAGCAACAAAUCCAGAGGUGUACUGCUCUGCGGUGACGUUGUCCCGAUUCAAAAACGCAAUGGUGCGACCGGCUCUGCUAGCUUUUGGGUCAUUGAGAAGCGGGUGGGGUUGAUCUGGGUCUUGGAAGAGAUCCACGAGGAUGUCUCAUACAUCGACGUCGCUGAGGACGGCACAGUUCUCAAGCUCUCCGGCGCUCUGGGUACCAUCUGGGGAAACGAGAGCUUACAACCAGGCCAAGAUAUUGGGUUGUUGAUACCUCGAGUCCCUAGGCAAGGCAUCGACCCCCGCUUCGGCGAGAUCGACUACCGCGAGAUCGCGAGGAGGAAGUAUUACACAUGUCGUAACUGCGACCGGGUUAACAUUCCGGCGACGGUGGAACAAGUCAAGGGGACUACCCAACUGCGCGUGUCAAGCUUCCCGCAUAUUGCCGGCAUUGUCGUGGUCUGCCCGCAAGAACUCACGAUCAAGAGCUCCAACUCUGUGUUCUGUGGCGCACUCUUUGGUUACGAGAAGCCGGAUGGGAUCUCGAUCAACCAACUCGUGCCGAAUUUUGACAAGAUACUGCGCGUCCUCACCGAGCGAGACGGCGUCCAUCUUGUCGAUGGUAUUAUCGUUCCGGAGCAUUCGUUUCGAAAGGCAUCGGCGUUUUUGGCCCUCGAGGAGGGACAACCAGAUGCUGCUGCGGGGUUCCUUCGCCCUGAUAGUCUUCCGGCUCGCCACCGCGAUGGGUCUCAACUCAGAAUCGACAUCCAAAUGCGGGUCGUAAAGAGUGAAAAGCAGGUUGCGACGAGCAACGAAGCUGUUCUGGAGAACAGUGAUGAUGAGUCACCAACGGGCGAGGCGAGCGAUAAGUUUGUCCUGGCGCAAACAGAAAUGGUGUACGCUCUCUGGAUCACUUAUUCACGGCACCUCCAUGCUUCCCGGGCAAACAUGGGGGUGUCAUCACCGUUGGUUUCUGGUACCGCAACCCCGCUGCACCAACCAUCACCCGGCCAGACACCGGCCCACACGCCACUUGAGAUGCAAUCCGAUUCAGACGACUCGCAGAAAGAGGAGGCAAAGUCUCCGUCGUUGGCACGGCAGUUGAAGGAGGCCGCCAUCACUGCCGCGGCCAAGUUGACCGGCUCACAGCGGGCUUCCGAAUCCCAGGAGGAGCAAGCCAGCUCGUCCAAGCCGGCAGAGCCAGCGCAAAAGAAGUCGAUCAAUGACUUCACCAUCCUCGAAGAGAUGGGUCAGGGCGCAUAUGGGCAGGUCAAACUGGCAAGAUACCGCAACACCGGCAACAAAUGUGUACUCAAGUACGUCACCAAGCGACGCAUUCUUGUCGACACGUGGACGCGCGACCGUAGAUUAGGCACUGUCCCACUUGAGAUUCACGUGCUUGACUACCUUCGACGGGGAGAGUUGAAGCACCCCAACAUCGUGGAGAUGGACGACUUCUUCGAGGACGAGGUCAACUACUACAUUGAGAUGGCGCCCCAUGGCCUCCCCGGCAUGGACCUAUUCGACUACAUCGAGCUGCGCACGAACAUGGACGAGCAAGAGAGCCGCAGCAUCUUCGUCCAGGUCGCCCGCGCCAUCCACCACCUCCACACCAAGGCACAGGUGGUGCACCGCGACAUCAAGGACGAAAACGUCAUCCUGGACGGCGAGGGCCGCAUCAAAUUAAUCGAUUUCGGGAGCGCCGCGUACAUCAAGAGCGGUCCCUUUGACGUCUUUGUAGGCACCAUCGAUUACGCAGCCCCCGAAGUCCUCGCGGGCCGGCCCUACGGCGGCAAGGAGCAGGAUGUCUGGGCCCUCGGCAUCCUGCUGUACACCAUCAUCUACAAGGAGAACCCCUUCUACAGCAUCGACGAGAUCAUGGACCGCGACUUGCGCAUCCCCUACAUCAUCAGUGACGAGAGCAUCGACCUCAUCCGCAAGAUGCUCGACCGCAAUGUCGAGCAGCGUUAUAACAUCGAUCAGGUCCUGGCGCAUCCGUGGUGUCAGAUGGAGUAG